AAAUCUAAAUCAUGCAUGGGGGAGGAAAGUAGAUUAGACAAAGACAUCAUUGAGUUCAUUCUGGUCUGGCUGGAAAAACCUUCCUUGACCAGGAAGAUGAGUGCAGACAUCAUCAAGAAAACAUGCAGUUGCAUAAGACCAAGCUAUUGUUUUGCUCACAGGGGCAGAGACAGUUCUCCACCAAGCCAUAUAAAUACAGGUGAGGCUGUCCCAGUCACCAUCAUUGCUUGGACGGGAUCUUCCAAAACCAUGCUCCACUUCAGACUCAGCACCACACUGUUGCUGGCAACAAUAUGUUUGUUCCAGACAACAGUCUCCACAGAGACAGUCAUCACCUGUGACGAUGGCAUUAAUGUCCAACGCUUGAGCUGUGACACCGGAGUGGUCCGUGUGGACGCAGCCCUGUACGGACGUUCAAACAGGGAGACCUGCAGUGCGGGCAGACCUCCGCCACAACUUGUCAAUACAGGUUGUUCUCAAAAUGGCACUGUGAAUGUCAUGAAGAAUAGGUGUGAUGGCAAGAAGGUGUGUGAGAUAAACACAAAUUUGCUCCGUACCUCUGAUCCCUGCUAUGGAACCUACAAGUAUCUGGAGACCAACUACACCUGUGUCCCAGCAAUUAGCGUUGUUGCAUGUGAGGGGUCUUCGACACAUUUGUUCUGUGAUGGAGGGCAGGUUAUAUUUGUGAUAGGAGCUGACUACGGACGCCAUGACCAGACUACCUGCUCCUAUAAACGGAUUGCAUCUCAACUUAGGAAUGUUGAAUGCUCCGGGCCCACGAGCAACGUGGCUGACAGCUGCAAUGGGAAAAACAGCUGUACUUUCCAUGCAAGCAACAGCGUGCUUGGAGACACAUGUGAAGGCACUUACAAGUACCUGGAGGUGGCUUACCUGUGUGAAUAUCCCUUGUACAACUCCUGACAAGUUAACAUAUUGAAAUUACAUCACAAUAAACAUUUGCAGAAUAAAA